UAUUUUAAUCAUAUUUUAAUAUUUAGAGACUAACCAGUAUUUACAACUGUACAACCUGUUUGGUCUGUUUUGGGGUUUAUUCUUUGUGUCAGCUCUUGGAGAAAUGGUUUUAGCAGGCUGUUUUUCGUCCUGGUACUGGGCUUUUAAUAAAAGUAAAGAUGUUCCUAGUUUCCCCAUCAUCUCCAGUUUCUACAGAGCAUUCAGAUAUCAUUUGGGCUCAUUAGCUUUCGGUUCCUUGAUUAUUGCAAUACUAAGAAUGAUCAGGCUAGCAAUACAAUAUGUUGAGGAGAAGAUUAAGGAGAAAGGACUGGAUAAUCCAGCGACUAAGGUCAUUCUCUGCCUUUGCAAAUGUUGCUUCUGGUGUUUAGAAAAAUUUAUGAAGUUUUUAAACAGAAAUGCGUACAUUAUUACAGCUUCUUAUGGAUAUAAUUUCUGCAAAUCUGCAAAGGUAACUGAUUUCUUGUUACUUCUUGGUAAACUGGUGGUUACAGGCUCCCUGGCUGUUCUAUCAUUUUAUAUUUUCUCAGAGAGAAAUGAGAAUGCGGAGAACCCCCAGUAUUGUAUGUCUAAAAAUCUUAUGAAAAUACUAAAUCUAAAAAGAAGCAAGAAAUCCACGAGUAAAAAGUCUGAUUAG